AUACCAGCCCGACGCCCAAGCCGCACAUCAAAAAGUGAAAGUAAGGCGGCUGUUUGUGAGAGAGAUCUUUAGCUUUAUUUUACCAAAAAAAUAUCCAAAUAUGCGUGAAAUUGUACAUCUCCAAGCUGGACAGUGUGGAAACCAGAUCGGUGCUAAGUUUUGGGAGGUGAUCUCGGACGAGCAUGGCAUCGACCCUACUGGAACUUACCACGGUGAUUCUGACCUGCAGCUUGAAAGGAUCAAUGUCUACUAUAAUGAAGCUACUGGAGGCAAAUAUGUUCCACGAUGUGUAUUGGUCGAUCUAGAGCCAGGAACAAUGGACUCCGUUCGUUCUGGUCCUUUUGGACAGAUUUUCCGUCCAGACAACUUUGUCUUUGGACAAAGUGGUGCUGGAAAUAAUUGGGCAAAAGGCCAUUACACCGAGGGAGCAGAAUUAGUGGAUUCCGUCCUUGAUGUAGUCAGAAAGGAGGCUGAAAGCUGCGACUGUCUACAAGGAUUUCAGCUCACACACUCCCUAGGUGGCGGAACGGGUUCUGGCAUGGGUACACUUCUAAUUUCCAAGAUCCGUGAGGAGUACCCAGAUAGGAUCAUGAACACCUUCAGUGUUGUGCCUUCACCAAAGGUGUCAGAUACCGUUGUUGAACCUUACAAUGCAACUCUGUCAGUCCAUCAGCUGGUAGAAAACACUGAUGAGACGUACUGUAUCGACAACGAGGCAUUGUACGAUAUCUGCUUUAGAACUCUGAAGCUUACCACCCCAACCUAUGGAGAUCUCAACCAUCUUGUAUCUGCCACCAUGAGCGGUGUGACAACUUGCCUGCGAUUCCCAGGACAGCUUAAUGCUGACUUGAGGAAAUUGGCUGUCAACAUGGUACCAUUCCCACGUCUCCACUUCUUUAUGCCUGGCUUCGCUCCAUUGACCAGCCGUGGAUCCCAGCAAUACCGUGCUCUAACUGUACCUGAAUUGACACAACAGAUGUUUGAUGCCAAGAACAUGAUGGCUGCAUGUGAUCCACGUCAUGGCCGUUACCUGACGGUUGCUGCCAUGUUCCGAGGCCGCAUGUCCAUGAAGGAGGUUGAUGAACAGAUGUUGAAUGUGCAGAACAAGAAUAGCUCGUACUUUGUUGAAUGGAUCCCCAACAAUGUGAAGACUGCUGUAUGUGACAUCCCACCAAGAGGACUCAAGAUGUCAGCCACUUUUAUUGGUAACAGUACCGCCAUCCAAGAACUGUUCAAGAGAAUCAGCGAGCAGUUUACGGCUAUGUUCAGGAGAAAGGCUUUCCUUCAUUGGUAUACUGGCGAGGGUAUGGAUGAGAUGGAGUUCACUGAGGCUGAGUCCAACAUGAACGAUUUGGUGUCAGAAUACCAACAAUACCAAGAUGCAACAGCUGAAGAGGAAGGAGAGUUUGACGAGGAGGAAGAAGAAGGCGAGGCUGCAUAAAUAUUUAUCCCUCAAGAAAAUUCUUAAACUUAUUUUGUGCUGAACCUAGAGUGCUAUAUGAGUAGAGAGCAUGACUUUUAACCUGUGUUUUGGUUUGUUUAUAUUACCUGAAUCUUUUAUCACUUAAAAUAAUGCUAUACAAAGUUUUAAUUUUUAAGUGAGUACAGAAUUUAUUCGUUGAAGAAAUAUAUAUAUUUAUAGCCUGUGGAUAUUAAAUGUCCGUUGAGUUGAGGUACUUAUUACAUGGAUAAAACUACUUCCUUUGUUAAUAAGCAGUUUGGAAAGACAGUAUUAUAAUAAAGAGUGAACUCGGUUGUGUUUAUUGAAA